UUGAACUACAUUUCCCGGCAUGCACCGCCACUGAAGCGUGUGGCGAUUCUUUAUCGUCAUCGCACAAGGCAUUCCCUAUUGGAUGUUCUAAGCUUGUUAUUUCUCGUGUGAUUGGCUGAAGUUUAAAUUUUAAGGCGGGGCCAUAUGCUGGUUGGUGAUUGGUGGUGGUCCCCGGUCGUAGUUUUUAAAGACUAGCUUGGAGCUGAGAUUGUGCCUGCCUUUAGGUUAGUGCGGUGUGUGUACCGGAGUGAUAGUGACCAUGUCGUUUCCGAAGGCGCCUCUGAAAAGGUUCAACGAGGAGGUUGGUUGUGCUCCUGCUCCAGGAUCUUAUGAUGUAAAGAGUUUGGAUAGUCUUAAAGGACCUGUGUCCUUUGAGAAGUCUCAGAGGUUUAGAACAAAGAAAGGUUCCUGUGGUGAAAGUCAGACUGAUAGAGAUGAACCAACUUCUCCUGGCCGUCUGCGCAAACAUGUUUCUCUUGGAUCUACGCCAAACUUGAGACAAAAACCUGAAAAAGAUAAAGAUUUCUUGAGAGAAAGGAAGCAAUUGGACGCUCUGGAAAAAGAGAUUCGUGGCCUUUUAAAAGCACGUGCUGAGCAAGACAAGAAACUUCAAGCUUUGGAGGAAGAGUUCAAGAAGACUGAGCUAAAACUAGUAAAUGCUAUGAGAGAGAAGACUUCACUCAGUGCAAACAUUGCAUCUUUAGAAAGACAGAUGGCUGACUUGAAUAAAGCCAACGACCUCCUAAAAACGAAGUUUUCUGAUGACAGCUCGAAGAGAAAAAUUGACAACCUGUGCAUUGAACUAAUGGAAGCUAAAAAUAAACUGGAUGCAAAGAAUAAGGAGAUUAUCAAUUUUCAAGCCAGCUUUGAAGAACAAGUUAAAACGCUUCAGAAAAACUUGGCUACAUCGAAAGCAGCCUUAGAAUCCCUUAAAGAAAAGAACGCUCUUCUCGAGGAAAAUCAUAAGGAAAUGGCAGCACAGAAUGAAAACUUGUCAGAGGAACUAAACCAAACCCAAGCUGUAGUUAAAGAGCUUAAAGGAGAAAAUAAAAGCUUGGAGGAUUAUCUAUCAAGUGCCCAAGAGAAAAUGCAGGACCUUACUUUGGAGCUAACCAGCAAAGAACAGGAAUAUGAGCAUAAACUGGUAACUGCAACAACUCAGAUUGCUGAACAGAACAUGGCUUUCAGCUCCCUAAGUCUGAAACUGCAGAAUGUACAAGAGGAGAUGAUGAAAGAGAGACGCCUUUUGGAGGAGGAGCUUGAAGGAACCCUAGAUGAUCUUGAUAAAUUACAACAGGAGGAGGAGGCAGCAGCGAGAAUAAUCAUGCAACUGGAUCAGGAGAAUAAGCGGAGGGCAGAAGAGCUUGCACAGUUAGAGGAAACUCUUAAAGGCAAAAAUGAGGAGCUGGAAAGGGCAAAGGUGAAACACGAGAACAUUUUACAGCUGCAAGAAGAGCAGAAUAACCUACUGCUACAGAUCGCAGAAUAUGAAAGUUUCAAGAGUACGGCAGCAACAGAAAUGGACUCAUUAAAGAUGACCAAUAUGUCUCUUAUGGAUCAAAUUUCACAGGCAGAAAUGGAUAAGGAAGUUCUGCACCAGCAGCUUGAGGAAAAUUUGAAGAAAAGGGAAUCCUUGAAACAACAAAAUUCAAAACUAAAAGAAGAAUCCUCAAAAACAAAGGAACGUUUGGAACAAAGGCUACUUGAGCUCCAAGACUGCUCAAGAAAAACUGAGGAAAGACUGGAGCAAGAGCUUAAUGAUCUCCAAAAUGCCUCUUCUGAAAUAAGGGAGAGAUUGGAGCAGAAGUUCCUUGAGCUUCAGGAAACCUCAACCAAAACAAGAGAGGGGUUGGAACAACAUCUUAAAGAGGUUGAGCAUAGCUCAAUUAAAGCAACAAAGGAACUAGAGGAGAAGCUUGUGAACGUUCAAGAAACCUCAGACAAAGAGAGAGAGGUCUUGGAAAAAGAGCUUCUUGAACUAAAGGAUACAUCUGCUGCUUUGAGGCAGCAGCUUUUUUACGAGCAGGAGACCUCCUGCAAAGCAAAAGCAAAACUGGAGCAACAGCUUCUUGAACUCCAGGAAAUAUCUUUAAAAUCUCAGAAGACGUUGGAAGAUCUACAAGAAACAAAGGAAGCAUUACAGCAGCAACUUCUCAAAGUCCAAGAGACCUCUGCAAAAACAAAGCAAUUAUUGGACCAGCAGCUUAUUGACCUGCAGGAAACUUCAACCAGAACUAGGGAAGAAUUGGAGCAACAGCUACGGGACUUGCAGGAAAGUUCAACAAACAUUAGGGGAGAAAUGGUGCAACAGCUAGAUGACUUGCAGGAAAGUUCAACAAAAUCUAGAAAAAACCUGGAGAAUGAGCUACGUGACUUGCAGGAAAGUUCAACCAGAGCUAGACAAGAGUUGGAACAAGAGCUACGUGACUUGCAGGAAAGUUCAACCAUAGCUAGACAAGAGUUGGAACAAGAGCUACGUGACUUGCAGGAAAGUUCAACCAAAACUAGGGAAGAAUUAGAGCAGCAAAUUGAUGAGCUUAAGACUGGCGCAACCAAAACGCACAAAGGAUUGGAAAAAAAACUUCUUGCGAUACAAGAGACCUCCACAAAGACUGUUUGUGAAUUAGAGCUGCAAGUGCUUGAACUACAGCGGGAGCUGGCAAAAACAAAGAAUGAUGCAGAGCAAAAGUAUUGUGAACUAAAAAAUAAUAAUGAAGCCAUGUUAAAACAAAUCCAGGAGAUGAAUAAGGUUUCAGAAAAAAAAGAACAGUUGGAGCUACAACUACUUGAGAUGCAAGAGUUCUCUAAGAAAACAAAGGAACACUUGGAGAAACGGCUUCAAGAACUUCUUGAGACCUCUGCUAGAAGAGAGGAGGAGUUUGAACAACAAAAUAAUGAGCUAACAAUCCUAAAGAUAAAGUUUUCUGAGUUACAAGAGCUUUCAAGGCAAAACUGUGAAAAUGAAGAAACCAUCAAAUGGCGUACUUUGUAUGAGGAGUUAUCCAAUAAAGUUAGACCCUUUCAGCAACAACUGGAUGCCUUUGAAGCUGAGAAAAAUGCCUUGCUUAAUGAGCGUGGAGCAGCACAGGAUGAAGUGAACAAACUCGGUGAAGCAUAUGCCAAGCUGCUUGGUCAUCAGAAUCAAAAACAAAAGAUAAAGCAUGUUAUGAAACUCAAAAACGAAAACAUUGAACUCAAACAGGAACUUGCAAGAGUGAGAUCUGAAUUGUCAAAAGAAAAGCAAAAUGAAAAGCGGCUACAGUCCCAGCUAAACGAUUUGAAGGGAGCAAAGAAUUUUGAUCCAGCCAAAGCUUUUCAGCAUGAUGUCAAAAGAAACGUUCACCAAAGAGCUCCACUAAAAGAUGGGAACCGAAACAUGUCCUGAGGAGCCUGUUGCUGAUACACUUUGCAGUGGUUAUUUACCGAACCAUAUAAUUCACACAUGCUUUACAGAGACUCUAUGCUUUAUUGCUUCACAAAUGCGCAAGCUGAAUU